UGAUUGGUUGGUUCCUUAAUAUUAACAUACAUGGUAAGCUUCCGGAGUAUCAUUAUCACAAYUCCUAGCCACUGUUCAAAUUCGUCUGGGUCUGACUGGAAGAGGAAUAUUCUUGAAAAAAGCUCAUUUUCUAGGAAUAUUCAUUCAGGUUUUUGAAACACAAGCUCAAUUCACGAUGAAGAUUCUCCUGUUGCUUGCAAUUUUCUAUUUCUUCUCGACCAAAGGCGAAUUAUCCAGCUACAUCACUUCCUUGCCUGCCUCAUCGAGCUCUUCCCUUCCUGCUGCUUCUACUACUGCUCCUGUUACUACUACUCCUCCUGUUACUACUACUACUACUGUCACUAGUUCUGCUCCUGUCACUACUACUACUUCCGCCAAUAUUGCUCCCUCCACUACUAGUGUACCCCCCACCGCCUCCACCACCUUAGCAACAGCAACAGCAACAGCAGCGGCAACGACGACCCAGCUGGCAGAAAAAACUACUCAAUCAGUGUCUAGUACCUCUAGUGUAGCCCCCGCUCCUACAGCAAGUACUAUGAAGACAGUAGUAAGUUCCAAGACAACUAAUACUACUAAUACCACAGCUUCAACAACGCCCUCAAGUGUAACUCCAAAGACACCAAAUUCUGGGAAUCUUGUGAAGAAUGUUAAUGGUUUAUUUUUGGCCAUGGUAAUGACUUGUUUUCUUGCCAAUAUGAUUUAGAAGAAUGACGUCAAAUAUGAGCUAAGAAAGCUGAUACCUUAAUAUUAAAACGCUUGAAUCUUAAGGUUGUCUUAAGACUCUGUUCGGAAUAAUUACGGAGAAAGUUUUUGGUUUGCGUGACAUGUGCUGCUGUGACAUAUUGCGUAACAUAACAUCGUGCGUGACUCAAAUCUUCAAGGAUAACGUAAUGUUUUACGCAAGUAACUUGUUCGGCUAGUAAAGACGUGACGUGAAUGGCAAUGAACUAGAAGCUUGGAUAUGAUAUGAUAUUGGCUCAACUAUAACGUGACAACCAAUUUGGAGACACCAUAAAUAGACCAAUGAUGUGACGUGAAUUUGGCCGAAGUGUUAUUUUUGUGACGCGUGACAGAUUUUAUCGGAUGUUACAGACAUUAGUUUCAGAAACAGCAAGUAUAAGAAAGGAAUGAGUUCUCUUAGCCCAUUAUUUUCAGAAAUAAGACCAACGUCAAAACAACUACGCUACUCUAAAUUUUCUACUGUUUUGAUUUGAA